AUGGAAGAUCCAGAGGAUAAUGUAGCUGUCAUCGGGAUUGGAUGCAAUUUUCCUGGAGGAGAGGGAUUGGACAAUUUUUGGAGGGUUCUGUUGGAAGGAAGGAGCUGUGUAGCAGAAAUUCCAGCAGAGAGGUUUGACACCACAUUUUGGUAUGAUGCUAAUGAUAGCAAACCUGGAAAGACACAUACAACCAAAGCAGCUCUGAUAGAGGGGUUUAAUGAGUUUGAUCACAAGUUUUUUGGCAUCACUGAAUCAGAGGCUGAUUUCAUGGACCCUCAGCAGAAACUCCUCCUGCAGUGUACAUACAGGGCACUGGAGGAUGCAGGAAUGGCUAUGGAAAGCAUCAGUGGAAGUAGAACUGGGGUCUACAUAGGUCUUAUGAACAGGGAUUACGAGAUGCUCCGAAGUAAUAGUCCCACAACAAUAACCCACUACAGUGGCACUGGGACGGCCAUGAGUAUGGCUGCCAAUAGGAUUUCCUUCACCUUUAAUCUCACUGGCCCUUCUUUUGCCAUUGACAGUGCCUGUUCUUCAUCUUUAGUGGCUCUACAUUUAGCCUGCCAGGCUAUAAAGCAAGGAGACUGUGAGAUGGCUUUGUUUGGAGGAGUCAACUGUAUCAUAGAGCCUAGAGUGUUUGUUGCUCUCAGCAAAGCAAAGAUGAUCUCACCUGAGGGGAUCAGCAAACCUUUCUGCAGCAGAGCAGAUGGUUACGGUAGAGGGGAGGGCUGUGGGAUUGUUCUCCUGAAGCUGCUGAAAAAUGCUGUUAAAGACUGCAACAAAAUAUGGGGUACCAUCAGCAAAACAGCAAUCAACCAAGAUGGACACUCAGUCUCUCCAAUUACCAAACCCUCCAUGACACAACAAGAGGAGCUCCUACGAAGAAUCUACUCUGAGUCUGACCUUGCAGAUGUUCAGUACAUAGAGGCACAUGGGACUGGAACCCCAGUUGGAGACCCAACAGAGGCAGGUAGCAUCUCAAAUGUCAUCACUAAAGCCAGACCUCCUGGUUCAGAGACACUGUGGAUUGGCUCUGUGAAGGGUAACAUUGGACAUACUGAAUCUGCAGCAGGAGUGGCAGGACUCAUUAAGGUUCUCCUUAUGAUGAAGCAUGAAAUCUUUGUACCAUCAGUGUUCUACUCUGAAGACAGUGCAAGUGUAGAUGUAAAAGCUCUUAAUCUAAAUAUUCCAUCUAAAACUGAAAGAUGGGAGACUAACAGGUCAUUUCAGAGGGUAGCUGGAAUUAACAGCUUUGGGUUUGGGGGCACAAAUGCACAUGUGAUUUUAAGAGAGUAUAGAAAGACCACUGUUCCCAAACAGAUCCCAAAAGGCUGUCUAAAUCUCUUUGUAGUAUCUGCAGCGUCUGAGAAAUCAUUGAUCCUAUCCAUCGCUGACACCCAGCAAAAGCUUUGCAGCGCUCAGACAGUUGACUUACAGGCAUUGUCAUACACCUCAGCAUGUGGAAGGAGUCAUCACAGACACAAGUAUAGGAAGGCCUUCCCAACAUCCUCCCUAUCAGACUUACAGAACCAGCUGACAUCUGCACUGGGAUCAAAGGUUGAAUCAACAAAGUCAGACUUCCAGGUGGUGUUUGUGUUUUGUGGAAAUGGAGUUGCCUACAGGGGUAUGUGCAAGCAGCUCAUGAGAGAUGUUCCUGUUUUCAGAGAUAAGGUCAGAGAAAUCGAGAAUCUCUUCCAGACUCAUAAAAGCAUCACUAUCAGUCAUUGGCUUGCUGGUGACUAUGAUAAUGAUGAUUUGAGCAAGCCAAAUAUCAUCCAACCUCUUCUUUUUGCAAUUCAAGUUGGCAUAUCCACUCUCUUAAAGCACUGGGGUGUCAAACCUGAUGCUGUGCUUGGACACUCUGUAGGCGAGGUUGCAGCAGCUCAUUGUUCUGGCCUCCUCUCUCUAGAGGAUGCUGUGAAAGUGUUGUACCACCGCAGUACUCUUCAGAGUAAGGUCACAGGUGGGAAAAUGCUUGUGGUCAGUAAUGUGGCCGUAGAAAAGGUACUAGAAAUCCCACAGGUCUCCUCUGGCAAAAUUUGUGUUGCAGCUUUCAACAGCCCUCAGUCCUGCACACUGUCAGGGGAUUCAGAUGCUAUAGACAUCCUCUGUGAAAGGCUGAAGAGUCUGUUUACACUUAAAAACAUCUUCCUCCAUAUCUUGGAUGUUCCAGCAGCAUACCAUAGCCAUAUGAUGGAUCCUAUAUUAGAUGACAUUGAGAGAGACAUAGGUCUUUUAGAUGCCAACACCAUGGAAUGCAAACUCUUUUCGACAGUGACUGCAGACAGGUGUUCAAAUGGUGACUUCAGCACUGGCAGGUACUGGGCAAAGAACAUCAGAGAGCCUGUUUUAUUUGAACCAACACUACAUGCUGUCACAAAAGACAAGCAAUCAGGGAGAAAUGUGAUCUUUGUGGAGAUUGGACCUCGUAGGGCUCUCCAAAGAAAUGUACAUGAGACUCUGGGAAGUGACACUAUAGUUCUUCCCUCCGUCCAGCCAGAGAAAGACUGUGACACAAUCUUGUCAACCUUGGCAAAAGUAUUUGAACUGGGCAUUAAUGUGGACUGGCGUCAAUUUUACAAGGGUUGCGAAACAUUGCCCACAGCUCUGCCAAUCUAUCAGUUCGACAACUCAAAGAAAGAACUGAAUUUUGAAGAUGUGAGAAAAGGUAAUGAAUUAGUUGCUCUUGCUCCCCAUUCACUCAUAUCCCAAAUAAAGCUGGAUAACAAAGAGUGCAUAUGUCACCUCUCAUUAGAGACUGCACCAUAUCUUUGGGAGCAUAAAAACAAUGGUGUGUCCAUUGUGCCAGGUGCAUUUUAUGUUGAGUUAGCUUAUGCCUCAGUGAUGGCAAGCUUAAAACCAAAGAAACCUGUUUCUUUGCUCCAGCUCAGUGUUACAUUUGAGAGUCUGUUUGCACUCAGCUCAAACUAUCAUCAGUUGAAGAUAAUACUUGAGCAUGCAAAGAAUGAGGGUUCAUUUAAAAUACAGUCUUCUGUUGCAAUGCAUGCCUCCGGUACAUACAGGAGCACAGAUGGCCAACCACUGUUACAGGAACCAACUAUUUUGCUCAACAUGAUCAGUCAAAGGUGCAAACUAGUUAUGAAAAGAAAGGAAAUUUAUUCAAUUCUCUCUGAGGCAGGAUUUGAAUAUGGCUCUGUCUUCAAACAGCUUGAUGAUGUGCACUUUGGGGAUGAAUUCAAGGAAGCUGUGACAGAAAUUCAAGUCCCUGGAGAACUUCUAAAGCACCUUCAUGACUAUUUCAUCCACCCUGUGUUGUUGGACUAUUUCCUGCAAAUGACUGCAGUAAUGGCUAUUGGACGACUAACAGCCAAGCAGGGAUUCCCCUCAGCUAUAGGUUCUGUCGUCAUUUCAGGACCGUUGCAAGAGAAAAUGGUCAUGUAUUUACUAGUGACUCAAGAGACACCAGACUUCCUUGAAGUGUGUGGUUGCUUUUCUACCACAGAGGGGGAAGUACUAGUGGAACUUAAGAGGGUGAGGAUCUCAUUUUUUGGCAGUUGCUCAAAUGUUUUUCAGUCACUUUUCUUUCACAAUGAAAUAUUCCAAAUUUGUGACAAGAAAGAUUUGCUAAAUUGUGAAAUAAAAGCAAUAGUUUUUGAAGACAAACUCAGUAUUGCUAAAAGACUUAGGCCAUAUUUGCACCCAGAGUCAGUCAUUGUGGAGAGCAGAGACAAUUGGAUCCUGGACCAACUUCGAGAUUUAGUGUUUCACUCUCUUAACACUAAUGUGGAUUUGGAAAAUGUUCUCUUUAUUUGGGGUGUAGAGAACCUCAGUCAUUUGUCAUCAGAGCAGACGUUGGAGCGCUUGGUUACUUGCUGUGAGCUAUAUCGUCAGAUUGUAUUAGCCUUGAAAGAGAGAAGACCGUCUUGCACCGUCCGUGUCAUAACAUAUAGAUCAACAGAAAUGACUGUUGACCAUGUCAGUCCGGGUUUUGUGCUGUCUGGUAUGACAAGGGCUUGUGCAGCUGAGAUGGCAAGUCUCUCUUUUCAGCUGAUUGAUCUUGCCUCUGUGACCAGUGAAGAUAUUCAAAUGCUGGUUCAUGUAAUCAACACCUGCAAACAACAAGAGAUCAUGAUUGCUAAAGGGCAGGCAUCAGCAACAAGAAUAGCACGAACUCCAGUGAUGGACAAGGCUUCAUGUGAAGAUGAUUUGCAGUCAGAGUAUAUGAGUAACUUUGCUCUACAGACAACUGAUCCAUACAGAAUGUCUCACUUGUCUGCCAUCCUCUACAACACAAAUGUAAAUCCUAUCCAAGAGAAGUCAGUUGAGAUUCAGCUAACCAGUGUCUGUGUGCACUCAUCUGAUUACCUCCCUGUCACCGCUUCACAUCUAAACUUCAGCAAGACAAUGUACUGGAGCCAGCAUGCAUCUCACCAGCACAAGCUUCUGAUUUUAGACUUUAGUGGCACUGUCACAGCGCUUGGGAAAGAUGUUCACAGUCUAAGAGUGGGAGAUCACAUUGCAUCAUGUUAUCCAGUUACUGCCACAACGAAGAUUAGAAUUCCUGAAGCUGUGUGCUACAGUACAAAGAGACUCCCAUUUCUGAAAGAGACCCCAUGUGUGUCUUACUUUGUACUGGCAUGGGAGAUCCUGCAGAGUAUGCUAUCUGUAGUAAAACAACAGCACAGAAAAAUGGUCAUUGUCUCCUCCAACUCAGCAUCUGCUCUGAUGAAAGUUUUAGCUCUAACAGCAAACAGGUCAGGCUGGAAUGUCUCCUCUCGGCCACAUUUCAGAGGAGCACCUCUACAUUUUGAUCAUACUUGUGCAUUUGUUUUUCUUCCCCCAUUCGAUCACUCUUGGCAGGAAAUACAAGGCAGCAGUGGCUUUGAGAGGCACAUUAUUUUUGUAUGUAGCAGUCACAUGUCAUCCUCACACUCAGCAGACCUGUUUGUAUCGAAGAGUGAACACGUGCAUGUACAUAAACUGGAUGUGGCUAAUGUUUUGCAGAGAGCCAAUCUGCAAGCACAGAACAGGAUGAUUUCUAACUGGCUAAUGUCAUUAGGCUUUGAUUCAGUAUCUCUACCUUUGAAAAGAGAGACAUUUCAAUUAUCAAGCUCAAAAGAGCCUCAGACUGAUGUGGAUUCUGAGUCCUAUUUCACCACAAAAACAGUACGGCAGGUGGUUUUAGAUAAUGGAGAAUCUCAUUGUCUAUUAUCUGAUAUCCCUUUACUCACCAGGCCAGGACUGCUUUUUAAACAAAACUGUGUUUAUAUUGUAAGUGGAGGCCUUUCUGGUUUGGGACUUGAGACGGUGAAGUUCAUCACCCAUAAUGGUGGAGGUCGCAUUGCAACACUGUCUAGAAGGAUUCUGACAGAUGAAAUGCAGUUUGACAUGGAGCUCCUCCAGAAAAGAUAUGGGGUUACAAUCAUAAAUGUCCAAUGUGAUGUGUCUGUGUUGAUGCAGGUGGUGGAUGCAGUCUCAGAGAUUGAGAAAAGAUUCCCCUCCUGUCCAAUCAAAGGAGUGUUUCACAGUGCUGCAGUGUUACAUGAUGCAAUGAUUGAAACCCUUGAUGAGUCUCUCUUUCGAAAGGUGCUGCAGCCCAAAGUGAGCGGGGCUCUAAAUCUCCACUAUACAACACUUCACAACAAACUUGAUUAUUUUGUGUGCUACUCCUCCAUCUCUUCAUUCAUUGGCAAUGCCUCACAAUGUAACUACGCAGCAGCCAAUUCUUUCCUUGACGGAUUCUGUCAUUAUCGGAGAAACCUUGGGCUCGCUGGACAGUCCAUCAACUGGGGCCCUUUGAACCUCGGUCUCUUGUUGAACAAGGACCACUUCCAAAAGUUCUUAGAGGCAAAAGGGAUGAUGAUAAUGGACGUGUGUGAGGUUCAUGACGCACUUGAAAAGUGCCUCUUGAUGAACCGGCCACAACAAGUCAUAUGCAAGUUCAACUUCAAAAAUCUUUACAUUCAUGUUCUUUCACAAAAUGCAUCUCUCAGAGAACGUCUGUCAGCUUUAGUGGAAAUAGAGCUCAAAGAUGACAUGAGUAAUGAACCCAAAGUUCAGUAUUUGCCUUCCACACAUGAAAGCGUGAGAAUAAUUGUCAGGGACAUAAGCAGUGUUAGUGUGGAUGAGAUGGAUGACGACUCUGCUCUGUGUGCACUGGGUAUUGACUCAAUGUUAGCCAUGACUCUUCAGAACAAGAUUUUCCAGGAGACAGGUGUGAAUGUACCUUUGGUUAGAAUACUAGACCCUAACAGUACACUGGCCACUUUGGCAACCAUUGUAAUGAAUGAUGGGUAAUUUAUUCAUACUAUGAAUGAUGAAUGAAUGAAUUUUGAUUUUAAUUUUUGCGCA